AUGGACUCAACCAAACUAUAUUGUAAAUCAUGUCACAAACUCAAUAGCAAUUGUACCAGCCAAAAAAGAAGGGGUGCUACACCAUGCCAACCAUGCCCAGGAUAUGAAAUUUGUUUGAGUUGUUCCUUUCAUCCAAAGGAAUAUAAAACAAUGUUAAAAGCAAAAGAGACCGAAAGAAUUUUCUCGGACAGGGAGAAAAGAAAUCAAUCAAAAAUUCAAGAACAACAAGAAAAGCUUAGAAUUAAGCUUGAAAAAGAGAAAUUAAAAUUGGACAAGGACAAAUUCAAAUUGGAUAAACAAAUUGAAAAAGAAAAAGAAGAAAAAGACAUUAGAGAUAAAAAGAGAUUGAGACUUGGUAAAUAUAUAAUUUUAUAUAUAAAUUAUAAUAAUAAUAAUAAUAAUAAUAAUAAUAAUAAUAAUAAUAAUAAUAAUAAAAUCAGAACCGUGGGUGAAAAAAGUUUUGCUGGUAAGAUCAGUGAUGAGCUUAAGGCCAUCCUAUCACCAGAUAACAUUGAAGAAAAAGAAGUUGAAGUUGUAAAUAUUGGCUCCAUGCACCUUUUGUUUGAAAACAACCAAUCAAGUAAUGAAGAGUAUUUGAAACCCACAACAAACACCACAACAACAACAUUUACCACCUCUUCAUUAACCAAACCAUCAAUAUCUACAUCCUCUUCUUCAACAACAACAAUUACCUCAACUUCAUCACAUUCAUCAUUUAUGUCCCCAACAACCUCCUCAUCACAAACAAAAAAAUGCCUUUGUGGUGAUUCUUCGAUUUUUUCAAAAUCUGAAGGCACCAAAGGGUCAUUUAUGAUGAGUAAAUUGAUCUCAGAUGUAGACCAGUACAAUAGUGUGUUGGGUUAUUUUAACAAUCUUAAAGAAGAUAAAACAUUAUUAUGUGUUAACUCAAUUGUUUAUAUUAUUGGUAUAAUGACAAAGUUAGUAUAUGCAAAUAGAAACAAGAGUUGUUAUAAAUGUGGCGAUAUCCAUGUAUUCAGUAAUCACCUCGCUUCACUUCACUAUGAUCAGUAUAAAGAAUCAUCAGAAUUUAUUCUCACAAAAAUGGGAAAGUGUCACUCAAUCAUCAAUAAUAUACCACCUUUUAUAACAAAUGAUCAAAAGGUGGUCAAAUGCUUUAUAGGCUUGAUGAUUGAGCUUCGAGAUGACUUAUCCAUCAUAUUCAGUGAUGAUGAUGAUGAUUGUAAAUGGGGUGUUUAUAGUGGUAGUUCUAAUAGAAGUAGUAGUGCUGAUAGUAGAAGUGGUGGUGGCGCUUAUAGUAGAAGUGGUGUUAGCGCUGAUUAA